UCGGCCCCUCCCAGGUGCCUGUGGUGGAGUAGUCGGCUCCCAGGGCACCUGUGAUGGACUCCGGGCAGCACACCAUGGGGGUUCUCAGGCCCUGGGCCGGAUAUGGGCUGCUGGUUGUGGCCCACCUGCUGGCCCUGGGGCUUGGGGCUGCAGUGCUUCAGGCCCUGGAGGGGCCUCCAGCACUCCAACUCCAGGCCAGCCUCAGAGCCGAGCUGACUGCUUUCCAGGCGGAGUACGGGGCCUGCCUGCCACCCGGGGCACUGGAAGAGCUGCUGGGCUCUGCCCUGGCAGCCCAGGCCCACGGGGUUUCCAGCCUGGGCAAUGGCUCCGAGGCCAGGAGCUGGGAUCUGCCCUCGGCCCUGCUCUUCACUGCCAGCCUCCUCACCACCACGGGUUACGGCCACAUGGCCCCGCUGUCAGCAGGUGGAAAGGCCUUCUGUGUGGUCUACACGGCCCUGGGGCUGCCAGCCUCCUUAGCACUUGUGGCUGCACUGCGCCACCGCCUGCUGCCUCUGCUCAGCCGUCUGGGGGACUGGGUAGCCAUCCGCUGGCAGCUGACGCCGGCCAGGGCUGCGCUGCUGCAGGCAGCUGGACUGGGCCUGCUAGUGGCUGGUAUCUUCGUGCUGCUGCCAGCCCUAGUGCUGUGGAGUCUGCAGGGCGACUACAGCCUACUGGGGGCCAUCUACUUCUGCUUCGGCUCACUCAGCACCAUCGGCCUGGGGGACCUGCUGCCUGGCCGUGGCCUGCAUCCAGUGCUUUACCACCUUGGCCAGUUCGCACUUCUGGGUUACUUGCUCCUGGGGCUCCUAGCCAUGCUGCUGACCGUGGAGAUGUUCUCGGAGCUGCCCCAGGUCCGUGCUAUGGUCAAGUUCUUUGGGUCCAGUGGCCCUCUGAAUGCUGAGGACGAACGUGGCAUCCUAGACCAAGAUGAGCUGGCUCUGAGCACCCUGCCACCCUCAGCAGCACCCCCAGAACAGGCCCCAGCUUGCUGACAGGUGUCAGUGAUGGAGCUGAGCUCCUUUCAGGUGGAGAAGCCCGAGGAGGAAGCCAACCGGGAGCGGCUGGGGAAGCCUCUGGAGGAAGGAGGGGAAGGGGUGGAUGUGAGGACUUCAGGGAAUAAUGUGUUAAGAAAAAAUAAAAUGAGCAGCA